GAUCCGUGCGCACCGCGGGCGGCGGGGGUGCAGGGGCUAAUUCCUGUCUGACAGUUUUUUCAGCUAUUUCGGGAAUAUGCACGGAAGUAUUUUGAUUCUGGAGGACUGCGCCUUUGUUUCAGACUCUCUCUUCAUAUGUUACCACAUCCUUUCUUGUCUGGUGGCUCCAGCUGAGUGUAAAAAGCUGCUUUUAGAAAUGCGAGAAGGACCCGCGGCGAUGAAAGUCCUAUAAUCUGCGAGCGGCGCGGUCCUCCGCGGCGCUGCGCGGCUGCUGGGCUUUCGGCGCUUGGCCACCCCACCGACCCGGCCUGCGGCUCUGCCUCGCCGCCCUCCUCCCGGCUUGGUGCACGUUAGCGAACACGUGCUGAGGGCGUACGAACACGGUUAAUGUCUAAUGUCGGGAGACCUUCCUGCUUUGCCGUUGGUUCUAAAGGGGGCAAUGCAGAACUGAAAAGCCUGACUUCUGCUAACUGCUCCUCGUGCACACAGGUGUUUCUGAGCUCCUUACAGUAUCCUUCAGGCAUCCUUCAGCACCAUUUUUGUGAUUCCAACUACCUUUGCUAGGCAGUUUUUAUAAAUCUAACUUCUCAUGCGCAUACGCCCCUUCUCUAUUACAGUAACCUAAAUUAUUUUUUAAAAAUGGGGUAAACUAGGAUAGCAAAAAAAAACUAGAGUGGAAGCAACUGAAGCAGUUGGCAUGUGCUUGCAAGCUGAGUCCUCUGCUAGAAAAAUAGAGAGCAGGGAGGUGUCUUUGAAGAAACUUCCUGUCGGAAUGCCUCACAUCAGUGCAGCUGCACUUCUGCAGAUCUGCGUGCUGCUGUCUGCACUUCCUGCGCAGUAUUUCAUAUCCCAGUGGUAUGGAACAGACUCUGCUCAGCGCAUCCAAAUAACAGAAAGGAUAAUUGUCUGGUGGAGCAGCUUUACAAAAUCUUAUUUGAGCCUGGAUGCAUGGACAGACCAUUUAAAGCUCUGGCUAUCAAAGACAAGGAAUUGGUACUAUGGAGAAAAGAAAAUUAAAAGCGGAGAAAAUGAAGAAACAACCAAUUCUUAUUUUGCAGAAUCAACUUACAUUCGCAGUCCAAAGCCUGAAUAUAUUCAGUUCAGUGUGGGACAGGUAAUAGUUCACAAAAGGUUUGGCUAUUCAGGAGUCAUUGUUGGAUGGGAUGUAAAAGCUAAAGCUCCAGAAGAAUGGCUACAACACAAAUAUCCUCCAGCAAAACAGGAUCUAAAAGAUACUCCUCACUAUCGAAUUCUAAUUAACAAAGCAAAUGGAUUUGGCAAAUCUACAGCUUACAUUCCUGAGGAGGAGAUAACAAUUAUUAUGGGAUUAGAGGAAGGGUUUUCCCAAUGACUGGCCAAACAAUCGACAGACUUCUUGAGCUUUUCGCCGUGUGUUUCCAACAGCAGCAACACAUACUUCACGGCUGAGAGGUAGAAAAGCAGCAAUAUAACAAGCAGGGCCAACUGUUGUACAAAGUUUUCCUGCCAAAUAACUUUUUCAGUGCCUCCGUCUUCAUAACUAGGUAAGAUGCAAGGCACAUUAUCCUCCCCCAGCUUCCGAGUGGCAGUUUAGAAAUCUGAGGGGGAACUCAGCAAAGAGAAAAUGUCAGCAUCCUUAUCAACUAUGAUGAAGCAUUUCAAACACGUAUAUGCUGCAGGCACUUCAGGUGUGUGGUGCAGAGCAUGAGUUCAGCCUUUGCCCUAGGCCUUUGGGUGGCCCAGCUGUAAGGCAUGCCAGGACCUGUUUAACCUCACUGGCCUGAUUUCCAGCGAGGCUCCUGCACAAACCUUUGAGAUACACUUCUGACACCUCCGGAGUUGUUAGCAGCAGCUAGCUGUUCCCUUCCUGGGAACAGGCCUGAUUCUUUAUAAAAGGCAAAACCCAGUCUAAGAUAAGGUCCCCUCUGCCACUUCCCACAAUCCCAAUAGAAGAAACAGGAGUUUGAAUAAUUAACCGUGGAAAUAUCUAGGCCCCUGGGCCUCAAAGUAGCAUGUUUUGAUGCUAAGCAAGGACUGUGAAUCGUUUGUUUCAGAGCUUGUCAGCAGCUAAGACUAAUGGAAAUUAGCAAGAGUACUUAGAAUUAUCAACAUCUGGUGACACAUUCAUGCAUAAAUCCAAAUUAAAACUAAUAGGUGCUGAUGUAAUGAAAGCCAAAAUAUGUUGACCUAGCUAAUGUUAACAGUUGAUAACACAGCCAAUUGAAAUCAGUGGGAAAACAUUUUUUUAUUACAUUCUGCUUUUGCACAGGGGCACUGUAGAAGGAACAAACUGUAUCUUUCUAGGCUGAACAACCUUAAUUUAUAAAGUUAUAUUUAGAAAAAAUGCUGAAAUACUUAAAUAUAAAUUUUAAUAGGCAUCAGGGAAACUGCUUGUCCCCAUUAUAAUCAGUAUACAUGACGUAUUCAUAUUGUUACCUGAGGUUGUAAAAUUUGUGGACUGAGAAACAACUUACCGAAGGGUGUCUACAGCUUCUGGUGUGUGGUAGAAAUGAGGUGGACUAAUAGUAACAGAGGUCCCUAGCUUUUCAAUGAGUAGAUUGCAAACAUUCUGCAUUUUUCCAAAAUCACUGAAUAUAAUACAGACCUGUGAGUGAACACAGAGAUUAGACAAGUCAUUCUUUUUUACUUUCUGCUAUGAUGCACUUUUAAUUAAAUCACUGCAAAGACAGUGUAUGUACAAACUAAAUAUACUAGAGUCCUGAAUAUAACUGUAACAUUUAGUUGGCUAGAACAUUUUUAUAAUGAGUCUACCAUUGGUUUUGCAGCAGAAAGAUGUUUAUAAAAUGGUUUAAAAUUGUGGAUUGAGAAGAUGCUCUUUUGUGAGGAAGUACGGUAUUCUUGGUAUGUAAACAAUUUGAAGAAUGAACACGUGCUCUUUGGGACACAUGACCAGAUGCAUCCCAAUUCCUGCCUUUUAUAGUUAGCCUUAGAUUACUAGAUGUUAAUUAUGUAGAAGCCCAAGCAAAAUGAUGUGUAAAACAUUGUGCAGGAAGGAAAAUUACAUUUUAUUUCCAAGCAUUACGUUCAAGAAACCUAAACUGUCAGACUAAGCUAACCCUAGCCUGGUCCCUGUAGUGGGCUCAAAACCCUGUGUUGGGUGAACAGACUCGCUCCAGUGCCUAUAGAGAACUGGGCACUUCAGACUCAGAUUAAAAACAAUUUAAACAUUUAGCUGUCUAUGGCUUUGGCAAUAAAAAGCACUAAAUACAAAAGAUUCAGGAAUCUUAUUCCUCUCCAGAAUUUAGGUGCUCUUACAAGUGCUACAAACAGUCAUCACUAUGAGCCCAGGAUCCAGAGCCCUACAGCCUUCCCUGAAGGGAAAAACCUGCCACCUGACUUUCAAGCCAGGAACAAGCCUUUCUCUGUGGCAGAGCACAGUAGUCAGCAGUGAACCAAUGAUGCCCAGCUGUCAGAGCAUUCAGGUAGCAGAAAUCCCAGGUCCCAAACUCCUCUUUAGGAGGACCAAAUCCUUUUCUUCACCUCCCAGUAGAGUGCUCUCACCACCACCAAGUCAGGCUCCUUCUCUCUCUUAUCCCAUUUCUUUUUGCACACUAAUACAGCUUCCACAGGAAAGAAAGCAAGCCGUGGCAAAGAAAAUUCCAUUGCAAACUCAUGUGAGGUACAGGACAUGUUCUCUGUGCAGUCCAUGAAGCAAGCUAUCCCAGUUAAGGUAUCUAGCACGAAAAUCCAAGUUACUGCAUGUCAGCUGCUCUACAGUUACUUCCCGUGUGCCACCUUGUGAUAAGAGAUAUAAUCCAAGGAAGUUUACCCCUCAGUAAGAGAGGAGAGAACUACUUCACAUACAGGAGAAGGUAAAUAUGGAUACUGACAAUUAUAAAGUAACUAAUGCACAAAUCUCAUUACUCUUGGUAGCUUGUCUCAGUGUAGUGCAUUUCCCCUCAUCCUGGGUAUAAUCCUUGCACUGGCUCAGUAUCUUCACUUCCAUCCGCUACAAGGACAGAGCAACAAGUCUGUUGUGCAGGAACUCCACCAAGUCUGCCUCGUCUGAGUUAUACACCCUUUACCUGUAACAUGGUAGUUGGAGCACUUUCUGGAAGGUGUAAUAUGAAUUUGAACUAAGACUGAAGAUGAAACUGAACCUAGAUUUUUCUUCAGUGAGAGCUCUUCCCAAAACUAUAAAAAGCACAUAAUCUUUUAUGCUGUAUUUUGCGAGAAAGUUGUCAUAAUUAAUUGUAUUUUGUGGAAAGCAGAAAGCGCAGUCUCACUGUGAGGUCCAUCAUAGUGUCUUUCAGAUUGUUGUCAGCAUUUACAGGAUUAGUUCCCUCAAGGAGAUCAAAGAACCAUCAAACAAAAGAAUCAUCAAACAAAAGAAUCGUGGGUCUUCUAAGCAAGAGAUAAGCUGCUUAGACUGGGCCAGUUCUGGGCACUUAAGAACUUUAUUUUCAGAAAACAAGCAUGUAGUCAGGUACCCUCAGGGCAGAAAACAACUGAGUGACAGCUGUGAUUUUUUUUAAAUCAUAGUUUUCACUUAGAUUAUUUAGAGCUAGAUCCAAUAAAUUCUACUUAAAUUCAGCGAGGAUACCUGAGCAUUAAAAUACGAAGCAGUGUUUCAAUUUCUUCAAUAAAAUUAUGAUUGAAUAAAGGUUAUAAAAUGUGAACAAAAUAAUGUGAUGGUUAGAGAAAGCAUUGUGGGCAUGUUAAAAUGUUUGGGUCAGGCUGUAAAAGGACAAGAAGCUGUGUUUUUUAAAAAGUCAAGUAUAUUACAAAAUGCACAAAACAACCUAAUCUUUAUCCCAUGAGAUAUGAUGCAAUAAAUGUACUAUUAUAAUUAA